AUGAUUAUAAUCCAAAUCAAUCUCGGAAUACAGUGCAAGGUUUCGCUCGUCGAGAUGUUGAAAGUGAUUUUUCCAGCCAUGUUGAUUGAGGAUAAUGAAAAUGAGGACAUCAACGAUGGUCGGGAUUAUGAUGAUUUCAAUGGAGAAGCGAACGUCCACGAGAAUGAUAGCAAAAAUGAUGACGAGAUUGAGCAACUCGAGCAGGAUAAUGUAAAUGAGGACAUCAUCGAGGAAGACACGUUCGGCUCAACCGAGACCCUGAAACUGAUUGGGUGGCGGAUGCGCGUGGUGUUCUUCACCUUCCGGGCAACGGUGACGGACCCAUUCACCUUUAGGACCGUGAUGGAUGGGUUGUUGAAGUCGAGCACGCUGUAG